AUGAAGACCCGGAUGAAUGCAUUCCAGCGCAACAUACAUAAUCUGAGCCUCAUUCGUGCUGCCACAAUGAGCCGAAAGAGCCACUACUAUUCAGAGAAGCUGUCUCUGGCAUCAAGUAACAGUUGUGGAUGGGGCAUUUCCAACGAGGUGCUGGCUCCUAGAGCCCUACGCACCUUGCAGGGACAGCAAGAUGGAAAGGUGACAGAGAACCAGGAGGGUGUGACCAGGAGGGGGACAGUAGAUGAAGAGCUGGAGGAGGAGGAGGAGGAACACUUGGAUUCCACCAGGAGUGAUUCUCAACCUGAGGUUAUCCUAAGUGGGACCAGGGACACAGACAGGACGGUGUGUCAUAAUUGUAGGCAAGGACUCAGCCCUAGACAAUUCCACAGUGACAAAGCUGCGGAGAACGAUGUGCUCGCCAUCGAAGUUGCUUGCCCCAAUUUUGAUUGUACCUGGUCUGGAACUCUGAAAUCAUAUCAGGAGCACGUUUGCCCUUCUGCGGCUCAGUGUGGAUCUGCAAAGGAAUCUGCCUUGGUUCUCAGGGAUCAAGAGGUUGUUAAAGAAAAGAAAGUCGCCUGGAGUAACAAAAACACGAGCGUGGACAACUCUUCCUUGAACACAGAAGCUGUCCUAUUGCGUGUGGAGUCCCUGGAGCUGAUGGUGGUUUCUCUGAGGCGGCAGCUGAACAGCCAGGUGGCCACCGUGAAGUCUCUCCAGCGCUGCUGUUCCCAGUAUGAGAAGAUCAUGAAAACCUCUCAGGAAAUGCUCGAGAACUCCUGCAGAGCCAAAGAGCCCGUUGCCACGUCGUCGGAGUUGAUCAGCACCGACGGGACUCUGGUGUGGAAAGUGGAGAACUUCUCCAAGCUCCUGAGGAACGCCACUUGUGGGAAGAAGCGGUCCGUCUACUCCCCGGUCUUUGCCACCCACGCUUUUGGAUACCGCCUCUGUGUCCGCAUGUACCCUGAUGGAGAUGGCAUUGGCAAGGGCAGCCACCUUUCGCUCUUCCUCGCCUUAGCCCAGGGUCCCUAUGAUGACGUCCUGCCGUGGCCCUUCCAGCAAAAGGUCACCUUCUUCCUCCUGGAUCCUACACAAAAGAAGUCACCUCUGAAGGAGACCUUCCUUCCAGAUCCCCACAGCACUUCCUUCCACCAGCCGCACGAGAGGCUCAACGUCGCCAGUGGGAGCCCCCUCUUUGCCACAAAAGCCCAGAUCCCCGGCUACCUCAAGGAUGAUGUGCUCUAUCUCAAGGUUGUGGUGGAUUUGGCAGGGAUGAACGUUUGAGGCCAAAAAUUGAUGAGGGAGGAUGUCCUUGGACCAGUAUCUUUCCAAAACUCUUCAAAUUCCCUUCUGUUUAUCCCCUCAAUAGUGUCCACUACAAUUGCUACCUCUCGGAAGACUCUAAAGUCUGCACAGCCACCUUUGUUCUGUGAUUUAUGCAAUAUCAGCCCAAUAUGCACUGAGGUAAACUUUCUGAGCCUCACAAAAUGGCCGUCGCCCUUAUGACUACUGACACAUUUGUGAAAAUCUGCUUCUGUAAAAUGCACAGUCCCCGGUGGCAGGUUUGAGUAGAUUUGUCAUGCUUAAAGGGUUUGUUGUAUACUGUGGUAUAGUGGUUAGAGCAGUGGUUCCCAAACUUAUUUGGCCUACCGCCCACUUUCUAGAAAAAAUAUUACUUAGC